CUUUUUACACAAACAAAUCCUGAUUUACAAGUACAAAAUAUUUAUGACCACAUUUUGAGCCCAUAAACACUCUCAAACCUGUGAGCCCACAUGCACAAAUAGUACUUUGUGUGCAUUUCUUUGGUCACACACAUGGUGUAUCAACAGAGUGCGUAGCCUAUUUUGUGUGUGUCUGCGUGCUGACCGCAUAUGUGGCCUACUGUAUUCCAGGUAUUAUAUAAUAUGUGUGAAAGCCUAGCUGUCAGCUCUGCUUCUGUGCUGCUCCAGGUGUGUUUGCAUUUCCACUGUGGAUGAAAACACACACAUAGACCGUACAGGUACAGUACAGGUGUUGUGUGGCAUAUGCUUUGGAAACUGUUUUUUUUUACAAACAGUUGUCAGUACAGUGAGUGUUGCAUUGUUCUCUGUGAUUAUGUCAAGUAGAUGUGAGCAGAAUGGGUGUUUGUUGGGAAGGAAGUCUCUGUGGAAAACAACAGUUUUAAUAUAUUCUCAACUUCACCACCUUAUGGCCAGUUUCUCUUCUCGUUGACAGCCUCUGUUUGAUGUUCGUCACUAAGCAUCCAAUCAGCUUGUUUCCUUCUCUAGAAAUAGACAUAACAUGAAGAAGAAGUCUAGUACCCUGUCUUCCAAAUUUAAAGACAAUGGAACCUGAUUUUGCUAAAUGUACUAGGUUCUUCCUUUAAUCAUGCUCCACCUAUUGACCAGAUUAAAAGAAAACCAACAAGGUGUUGUUUAGUAAUCGUGCUGACAAAGAGGCAAAAGCACUGGUGAAGGAAUGAAGUCAAAUUGAAGUGUCUCUUUCUCACAGAAAGUAAAAUUUAAUGAGGAUUAUAAAGUAGGUAUCAAGAUAAGUACUGUAUAACUUUACUGAGUAGAAAGUAAUAGGAGCAGAUUGUUGAUUUUACUAUGACUUGGCCAGACUUAAUAGUACAAUAGGUAGCAGUAUAAUACAGCACGAUCUCUGUAUUAUUUGAUGACAAAUUAAAUGAUAGAGAGGAAAAGAAAGACCCUCAGUGGUUCAGUGUGAACACAACUCUUCUUCUACUAAGCCUUUGCUAAAAGACUCUUUUGCACUCUUUUAUUCCCACACAAUGAGUUGAAAGUUGCUGUAAACCCUCAUGAGAGAGCUUUAGGAAACAAUAAUGCUCUGUGUGUGUGUGUGCGUGCGUGUGUGUGUGUGGUCUUGGGUUGCAGUAGCUAUUAACUCUGUGUGGAUGACACUUGUAUAGAGCACACACACAUACUGAAGGCACCAGUUUAAAACUGUGCUUUGCUAAUAAUAAAGAUAAAAGAGCAGUAACUGUUUGAAUUCACUUACAAACAGCUAUUCAUGCAUUUGUUGAGUUUUAGAGGAGUGCACCAUCUGCUGGCCAAACUGAGGAAAGGGACUGUCAGACCCGAAAGUAGAAAUGUCGCUGUAGAUGGAUGUUGUUGUGAAUGUUUGUUAAUUAGAAGUCCAAACAAUAGUGUGACUUUCAUACCAGUCUGUCAGUGAGCCAGCAUGACUUCAACAGCAAGCAGCCAGCCACGCUCGGCACCCCACCAACCAGCUUGGUUUGUCUCUCUGCUCGUCCAUGAACUGGACACCCAGUCAGUUAUUCAGUUUGUCAGCCUAUAAGUGGAACAGGCAGCUGGCCAGUAACCCCCACCAGCUUGCUACAGAAUAUCAUCAGUAAUAAUUUUCCUGUUAAUUCAUCAGUGGCUGUUCAGUCUCCAGAUUUUCUCAGUGAUGAUUUUGAGCAAGUGUGGUCAGGUUACAGAAAUCGUGAUCAUACGCUCUAUGCUCAAGGGAAAAAGCAAGUAACAUCAAGGUUUGUCUUUGUCAUCUUAUAUUCAAAUUUACCUAAAAAACAUUAAAACUUUUGGGUAAUAAUCUAGACACGGAUAUUUUUUUCUCCUUUAUUGAAGCUAUCGCCCGUUUUUAAACAGUUGUAGCUCAAGCUGAGUAAUUGUCUGUUUUUAGAUUUGGGUCAAACCAUAUGAGCCAGUUUCUCAGACAUGGAUUUAAUCUAAAUCUGGGCUAAAGAGAAAGUCACCGAAGAAUCGUACUGAAGAAAAUAGUCUAGAACCAGUCUUCGUGUCAUGAAAAUGGAAGUCACGUUGCUCAUAUGUAUGGAUGUAUUAAUGUUAAAAUACCCUCAACCUUUCUGAUACUUGUCUUUCAUGUUAUAUUAAAUUGUCUGCACUGUAAAUAAAAGAUGAAAAAAUUUCAAGUGUUCAAACCAAAUAUCAGAUGCUUCUUGCAUUAACUGCGAAGCUGAUCUUCUCUUUGUAAAAUUGUUAUGUUUGUAUUCUUGUUUUUCAAGUAUACAAUAAAGUAAAUAAGUAUCAGUAGUUUGUAUUUUUAAUUGUAGUUUAUGGAACUUUGGUGCUCCAGUGUACUUUACAAAAGCAAAUACACCAACAAAUUAGUUUCUCUUUUGACCCACAUAAGAUGUAUUGUAGCCUCUUACUGCAUGCGCUUUCACUGACUACACAAGGAUCACGUUGAACCAAUCAGUACGGCUCGACACCAGUCUAUUAUAUUAUUGAUCACUCAGUCACCCCCACCUCAUAUACACACACAGUCUGCACAUGUGUGCAUGUGACAGACUCACCCAGAGGGUGAAUAGAAGUGUCACUGAUUUUAUUGAUGCAUUAGGGGAUGAGGAAGCGUGAUGAAUGCUGCCUAACUGGUACAGAAGGACAGUGAAGCUUCGAUUGUGGUGUGAUAUCAUACUGCACCGUAGAAUCCAAUUUCUGCCAACCAAGCUUGCAGCCACUGUCAGGAAAUGUAAAACCUGUACCUACUGCAUGUCUCCUUUACUGUAUUUAUCAUUGAGACUGUUGGGAAUCGUGACCUUGUAAAUGGAUGUGUAGUACAUUUGGACAUGAAUUCUUUAUUAAGUUUACUACCUAAUGCAAUUUGAUGCAGAUUGUAUGAGAUGUGUUUAUAGAACAAAUGCAAACUGAAAGAUGAAUCACUUGUAUUUGUUCGUUCUUGUAGAAAGCACUUCUCAUCUUUAUAUUUUGCUACUGUUCUGAUCAGUUUUGUAUAUUGGUGGCAGUUCAGGCUUACAUUAGCAUCCCAUUGUCCUAUUGUACUUUGGCCAGUUAAGCUGCAUUAUGGGAAAUUUAGGGGCCUUGUAUGUCUUUAGGUACUUCAAUUUAGGCUUAGGCAAAAGAAGUUAAAAUAAAUCCUAGGCUGAGUGGAAUAUUCUGUUAACACAUCAUGAAAAGAGAAAAGAUCCUUUACUUUCAACAUCAUUGACUGCAUAUAGUUUCUCUCAGUCCCCCCGGACAGUAAAAUAUACAUCCUGAAAUAAAACUACAUAUUUAAGCCAAUUUUUACAUAGAAAAUAGCCCUCUUUCAUCCCCAAUUUUCCAUUUUAUUAUAUUUCAUGUAAUUAGCUUAGGUUGCUGAAACAGCACAGUCUCUCGUAUUUGACAGAACCAACAAACAGAUAGAAAUAGAAAACAUAGAACCUCAGCGCCCCAAUUUCUGUCCUUCACUGUUUUUCCAAAGCAUUCCUGGAGCGACGGAUGUGUGUAUUUUAAGGUGGACGUUUAGCCUAGCUGGUGAUUUGGGGCUGCUGUGGUCGCCAGUCGUGUGUGUGUGUGUGUGUGUGUGUGUGCCUCUAUGUGGUGCCUUAGGGAAUGUUCUACAUGUAUUUCCUUCAUGGGUCCUCAUGAGAGUUCACACUGUAAUUAGUGGCUCAGUUUCCUGCGACCGAAUAUUCCCUUCAACUUGUUGCUGCUGGCGUGUCACCCUCAGUGUGUGUCUAGUCUUUGUGUGCAUGUGGCUGUUCUUAUGGUAAAUGGCCUGUAUUUGUAUAGCGCUUUUCUAGUCCCUAAGGACCCCAAAGCGCUUUACACAACCAGUCAUCCACCCAUUCGCACACACAUUCACACAAUGGUGAUGGCAAGCUACAUUGUAGAUGGUAGUGUUUGUGCUGUAUACUCAUGGUUAUUUCUUUAUUUUCUGUCUUUGUACACUGCCAUAUUUUCUCUCUGGAUCUAGUUACGUUUGUCCAACCGUUUUCCUCACUUUCUUCCCUGAAGAAGUUGAUAAGUUUUACUGGGCUUUACAUGCCAAUAUACUUUUUUCACUUUCCUGCUUUGGGGCCAGUUUCCUUAUGUCGGAUGUCAGUAUGGGUCUGUGUGUGAACUGGUGUGAAAGCUAAGAGUUUCACCAGUGUGUGGGCGUAAUUGCUCAACAAGCAUUAAGUAACACAAGUGGCCAGCAUCAGUCCACAGCACACAUGCGCACUCACUCUUAGCAGACCCUUCCCUUUGUCUCCAAGUGGAUUAUUUAGUACACAACACUGGUUGAACAGCAGCUAUUUCCUAUUGAAACUUUCUUUGUGACUCAUAGCCGUUUUCUUAAAAUACUUACUGCCAACUGUGGAAGUGAUAUACUUUUAGUUUUUUUUUUUUUUUUCUGUGAUGUGUUUUCUGUUCUCAAACUGCUGGUUUGAGCAGUUGGAAGAGCCGCAAUUCCAACCAUGGCUUUACACCAAAAAAGAGCAUCUCUUAUGGAAACGUUAACAUCGUCUAUAUGAGACUGAAAGACAGUCACACAAGGGCUGGACAUUGUUUUUGAUAGGCAGAUAAACCUAAAGUAGUAAUGCAGAAACUCCACAGCUGUGAGUACUCGGAAAGAAAAGGCAUACAUAAUUAUUUGGCCAGUAUUUUGGUCAAACUGUCACUUUAGAGACUAAAUUGAGUAACAAACCAAUCAGCACAAUCAGUGCAAAUUCUGAAAAAAUGAUUUUGAGUCAGAGGGAAACAAUAGCAACAGUUUAGGUUUGAAGUGUCAUACUGAAUGCAUGCAGAGGAUGCAAAGCCGAUGUACACAGCUUUCUUUCCAUUGCCCAUGUGUUUGCAGUGAGAGCAGGCGGGAGACUCUGCCUUUGGGUCACUCCCAGUUUAUCAACACUUGAUUGGUGCAAACCACCUCACAUGGGUCUUUCUCUCUCCCAUAUAUGGAGCUUAGGGGGGGCAGGGCAAAAGGGAAAUUUAAAGAAAAAAUGUGUGAGAAAGUGGAGGGCUCACUCUGCGGGGACUGUGGAGGAGAGAGGCAGAGACGACAGAAUGUUAGUAACAGUUAUCCCAGGGGAGAUGUUCACUCCUUAGUCUGAGAGACUGGAAAAAUUCUGACUUGUGAUAUUGAUCCAGCUGCAGAGUUAGUACUCGACCAUCUGUGUAACUCUUAAUGAAGGUUUUACUGGAAGAGGCAAAUGGGAAUCAUUGGGAACUUGUCGUUCAAGUUGUUCUUCAGUCACCUUGACCGCAGAUCUAACUGAGCUGGCCGAAGGCAGCAUUUGUUACCCCGUUAGUGUCGGCAGAUAGAGUCGAUAAUGUCGGAGAGAUGCAACCUCAAAGCCCUGACAGCAGCUCUGUGUUGCUUCUACCACAAGAAUUCUGUCAUCGGCGCAAAGUUCUCCAGAGAUCAGUUCAUCCUGGACUGUCCUUCAGAGAAACUUCGCAAGGAGCUCGAGGAAGAACUGAAGAUGGACUGCGAGGAGCCGAGAAGUCACGCGUGGUACCACGGAUCGAUUCCCAGACAGGUUGCAGAAAACCUGGUGCAGCGAGAUGGAGACUUCCUGAUCCGUGAUUCGCUGUCUUUACCAGGAAGUUACGUUCUCACAUGCCAAUGGCGAAACACUGCUCAGCACUUUAAAAUUAACAAGAAGGUCGUGAUGCUGAAUGAAGCUUACUCCAGAGUUGAGUACCGCCUAGACAGAGAAGGGUUCGACAGCAUCCCUGCACUCAUCAGAUACUAUGUUGGCAACAGAAAACCUGUCUCACAGGUGGUAGGGGCCAUCAUCUUCCAGCCAAUCAACCGGGGGCUGCCGCUGCGCUGCUUAGAGGAAAAGCACGGACUGUCGAGCAGUCACCGGGAGAGGCUGAUGUCGCAGGAGAGGCGGAACCAGAAACGCCUCAGCCUCAAUAUUACCAACGGACACACAUACGACAACACACAGGCCAUGCACGACAGCACACACUGCCAGGACAAUGGCAUUGCCCGAGGCAGCCAGCUCAGGUUGAAGGAUCGCUGCGGCAGCCAACCAGCAAGUCUCAAUCAAGUCCAGGAGCGGCGACACCCACUCAAGGCGCACCAAUCAGAAAGCUUCCUUCCUCUUGGAUCCAAACCGCAGCCCCUGCAGACACCUGACUCGCUCCUUCCCAGCCCAAACUCCAAGUCGCCGGUGUUUCGGACAGGCAGCGAGCCACUGCUGAGCCCCUCUUUCCCACGGAAAUCAGCAGAGCCUCUAGCAGGCCAAGCGAUCCGGGGCUCUGACAGCCAGCUGUGUCCUAAACCGCCUCCCAAACCCAGCAAGGUUCCUCUGGCUAGGCUGGCUCACUCCUCUUGUCCUCAGGCUAGAGUUCCCUCCUCCAGCUCCUCAAACCUCUCAGACACCUCCUGUGUCUCUCCCAGACUGGCUGCACCUCCACAGGAGCCCAGACGUGUAGAAACCCCUGAUUCUUCCUGGGCGGGUGGAGCCACUGCAGGCCCUCCUGUUCCUCCAGUGAAGCCCCUGAAAUUGCAACAUCUACGGCUGCCUGCAGACUCCUGCUGCUCCUCUGGGUCUCUAGUUUCACCUGCUGAUGCUGCUAAGUGUCCCGAUUCAGAGACAGGACAGGGUGAAAGACUGCAGCCCAGCCCUGCAGACCUGAGGUCCUGCAGCCCUCUGGAGUGGGAAUCGUCAAACUCUGCUAACCCCAUCACAGAGCACAGCCGUGAAGCUCAGCUAACACUCUGCAGCUAUGUGGAGAGACUGAAGAGAGAAGGGGAGAUGGGGAAAGAGGAGGAGGAGGUGGCAGGAGACAGAAGCUCCUACCAUCAUGCUAUCGCAGCCUUGGAAAACACCAGUGAAGAAGAGGAUGAAGAUGCAGGGAAAGACGAGGAGAAAGAUAAGAGGAGGAAAAAAGAGAGGAGUAGUUUUCAGCGGCCUGUCAUAGAGACGGAGUCCAUGUUCAGGCCAGCAGAGUUCGACUCGCGACUUCUGCCUCUAGAAAACAAACCACUGGAGAUGGCGGUUCUGAAGAGAGCAAAGGAGCUGGUGCUCAGCCACAAUCACCACAGCCUAGCCAGACACCUGCUGAUGGCUGACUGCCAG